CUAGUACAACUGCCUCUUCUUCUUCCUCGACAUCUCUCCUCCUCGGAUCCUCCACGCACCAGACCACACCAGAAAAAACAAACAAGCAAGCAAACCUUGGAGCUAGCUAGCAAUAUGUCCAUGUCAUGCGGUUUGUGCGGCGCCAACAACUGCUCGCGCCUCAUGGUCUCGCCCAUUCAUCAUCAUCAUCACCAUCAUCAGGAGCACCAGCUGCGUGAGCACCAGUUCUUCGCCCAAGGCAACCACCACCACCACCACCAUGGCGCGGCAGUAGACCACCCAGUGCAACCGCCGCCAGCCAACUUCGACCACCGCAGAACAUGGACUACACCAUUUCAUGAAACAGCAGCUGCAGGGAACAGCAGCAGGCUCACACUGGAGGUGGGCGCAGGCGGCCAACACAUGGCUCACCUAGUGCAGCCACCGGCAAGAACCCACAUCGUGCCAUUUUACGGAGGUGCAUUCACAAACACUAUUAGCAAUGAAGCAAUCAUGACUAUUGACACAGAGAUGAUGGUGGGGCCUGCCCAUUAUCCCACAACGCAGGAGAGAGGAGCGAAGGUGAUGAGGUAUAGGGAGAAGAGGAAGAGGCGGCGCUAUGACAAGCAAAUUCGAUACGAGUCCAGAAAAGCUUACGCUGAGCUCCGGCCACGGGUAAACGGGUGCUUCGUCAAGGUACCCAAAGCCAUGGCGUCGCCAUCAUCUCCAGCUUUGCCCUAUGAUCCUAGUAAACUUCACCUCGGAUGGUUCCGGUAAUUUAUAGCACAAGCCAGAUAAAAUGAUAGCAUAUUUACUUCUGAUUGAUCCACCCGUGAAGCAGUUGUUCAUCUAAGUAAAAUAAGUCGUUUAGUGAUCGACCGAUUGGAGCCAUUAUAUUGAUUUGACUAUUUAAAAGGGUCAGCAGAUCAAUCAAACAAAAUGUAUUUAUUGAAACAAGUCUUG